AUGAUUAAAGAAAACAAAACCCUCCGCACCAUGAAUACAGUAGGCAUUGCAUAUAAAGUGCUUCAGUGCUCUAACUGUCCGGGAAAUACAGAAUACUAUUGUGAAUCGUGUCCAUGUGAUCUGUGUCUCAGGUGUAAAGAGAAACAUGUAAAAGAUCUCAAAACUGCAGAACAUGUUGGGACAUUUGGUGAAAAAAUAAACCCUAUCCCUACACAAGAGAUCUGUGUGAGACAUCCGAACAAAGUCUAUGAAAAAUACUGUGAAAUUUGUCAAAUUCCUGUGUGUGUUUCUUGUUCUGAGGACAAUUCGCACAGAUACGGAAACGGGCAAGGACUCCACCGACUUCUAGAUAUAAACAUAAAGCGACAACAAUACAUGGAAACAAUCCACACCAUCAGGAGUGAGGCUCUCUUUAACAGACCUAUUCUUUUGGCAAGAAUCAAUGCUGAUUUCAAACUUUGUCACACAAAACUCAUGCUCUUUCAAUCUCAGAUGAUACAAAAGUCCAUAAAUCUGAAGGAACUUAUUGACGUUGUACAACACAAUUUCUUGUUCAAUGUGUUUUGUGACUUUGAUAUCAAAACCAAAUGUUCAAAACAGGCGAAAGAAAUGACCAAACUUUUAGCCCGCCUACAAAAAAAUGUACAAAGAUAUGAACAAUCAGCAAUCCAUCCGUUAUCAUUCAUUUCAUUCAUAAAAAGAAAACAUCUCCCUUUUAUAUAUCUUGAACUUCAGACCUGCAAACUAUCCAUGACCAAAUUACUAAACAGGGAUUGUUUGAUUCAGUCACUGUGUGAAAUCGAAAUAACAGAGGGAGGACUUAGGCGUUUAGGAAAUAGGUUUCCCCUGAAAUUGAUGUCUGCUCCAGCGAUCCAUAAAUUAAUUACAGUGAAGGGUGUUCAUGAUUUUAAACACAUAUCCUGUGUGACGUCAGAUUGUGCUUGGGUUAAUGAUCAUGAAAACAAUCUCAUAUUGACAAACACAACAGGUGUGACUUUACAUUAUGUGAUGGAUUUAUGUAGUUCUGGGUAUGGAUCACACACAGUGAACAGUGAAAGUGAAUUGAUUUAUAUAAAUAGAACGUUUAACAUCAACAAACUGUUAAAGGAUAGGAAAACAACAACUACAAUUAUAAAGAGAACAGACUUUACAUCGAUACCACAAUGUGUGACUUGGUCUCCGUGCACUGGGGAUCUAUUGAUCGGGAUGUGUUAUAUACAUUCAAGGACAGGCAAAGUAGCCCGGUACAACCAGAGUGGACAACUGACACAAACCAUACAACAUCACAAAAAAGGAUGGGAAUUGUUUAGACAGCCAAUAUAUAUAACAGAGAACAACAAUGGGGAUGUCGUGGUGUCUGACGAUGAUGCUGUAGUGGUGACAGAUCGUUGUGGAAUACAUCGUUUCUCCUACAAUGGACGUCCACCAAAUUCAAAAAUAUGGCCACUUGGAAUCUGCACUGACGCGCUGUCACACAUCUUGGUGUGUGAUGGUUCAACAAACACAGUACAGAUGCUAAACGAGAACGGCCGGUUCCUGAAAUAUCUACUUAUAAGAUCAACCGGAAGUCUUAGUCGAUACGGCCUUAGUUAUAAUGUCAAUACCCACUGCCUAUGGGUUGGAUUGCCGUUCAACAACACAACGAUGGCUAUAUACAGAUAUAUAGAACGCCAAAACGUUCUGAAAAAUCCGAGUCCAGUCUCUGCUGAUGUAAUAAAGUCACUGAAUGAAAUUCCGACCACAGAGGCAAAAAAGGCAAAAGAACAUGAUUUGAAUCAAGCCACUGCUGAUUUCAUGGAGUCAAUAAAGAAAUUCGAACUAGUGAGACAAAGAAGAAAAAACAGAUCUCAUCUGAAUCAAGCCACUGCUGAUGUGAAAGAGUCACUUAGUCAAAAUCUGACCACAGAAAGAGAUAAAAUCACAACAAAAUACGAUUGUCUACUGAAUUCAAUGUCUCCCUCAAUGAUUUUGUUUGUUUUGCUUUGUUUUGUUUCUCUUAUUUUGUUUUGCUUUUUUUUCAAAUUUAUUUCCCCCCUAUUCCAAGUCUAUAAAACAGUAUGAAUUCUUAACAAAAAGUUAAUA